AUGUCUGACUCUACCGAUGACUGCAAGGCGGUCUCCCCCAGUUGUCCCGUUGAGGCGACCGUAUACGGCUACGCUCCGAAUCUUGGUGGCAAUGCUUUCUACGCCGUUGUAUUCGCCAUCUGCGCCCUGAUACAGUUUUAUCAUAUUUUCCGGUUCUGGCGGUCCUGGAAAGUCUUUUCCAUUAUGACCUUCAUCGGCUGUGUUGGUGAAUGCUGUGGCUAUAUCGGUCGCUUGUUCCUGCACAAGAACCCAUGGAAUGGCGCGGCUCUGCCGAUCCAGCUGGUGUUGCUCAUGGUCUCACCGUCCUUCCUGGCUGCAGCGUUGUACACAACACUGAGGACGCUGGUACAAUACUUUGGCCCGGAGCAUACGAGGAUGCCUGCGCGAUUUUGGACAUGGCCCUUCGUCACCGCCGAUCUGGUGGGCUUCUUCUUGCAGUGUGGUGGCGGCAUCCUGGCGUCCACGGCCGAAAAAAAUCCCAGCCUAGGGUCCGUUGGUAACACCAUUAUGAUCUUCGGUGUCUCGUUUCAGGCCGUCAUUAUGGCAAUUGCGGGUCUCCUCACGGCCGACUUUACCUUGAGGAUUGGUAGGAGACAUGGUACUCAUGUAUUUGCGGAUCUACCGAAAGACCUCAGGACUUUCCUACUGGCGAUGACGGCAGCGUUCGUCUUGAUUUUGGCAAGAUGCAUUUAUCGUAUUCCUGAAAUGGCUGGCGGUGUUGGUGGACCCCUGAUGCGAAAAGAAGCCGACUUUAUGAUUUUUGAUGGCUUGUUGAUUUUACUCGCCGUCGUCCUCCAAUCCGCUGUACAUCCAGGCAUCUUCGCCGGCGCCAUGCAAGACUGUACAACCCACCUUUACGAACUGAAAGCCCCGCUAGUCGUUAAUGACAGAUCUGAGUUGCAUGAACUUGACCAGGCAUGA